AUGGCAUCUUGGCAUAGAUACAUUAUAUCCAGUAUAAUUUUUUCUAGUGAUAUUGAUGAUCUGCCUAAUUUGAUGUCAUUGAAUAAGUUAUGGUACACGAUAGGUCGUGAAUGUCACGUAGUGAAUAUGAGUUGGUUGACAGAUCUCGACUUAAGUGUAAAAAGAAAUCGUAAAUUUUUACUCAAUGUCUCACGUAGAUUUAAUGCAAUAGAUAUUUCAAAGAAUUCAAAGCAUUCGUGGAAACUACUGGCCAAAUAUACCAAAAGGUUGAUUUUGAAAGAAAGGCAGGAUAUUAAAUUGGAAGAUUUUGUAUACUUUUUGGAGAAUUCCCACCAACUGAGAGAACUAAAUGUUGAAGGAUGUGACUGGGUAAAUGACAGUGUCAUAGACGCCCUUCCAUGCCGUAUUGUGUCCCUGAACAUUGAUCAUGCUGAUGGAAUACCCAGGAUUUCUAAGAGUGCUGUGGAAACCUUGCUUGAGCGUCAUUAUAUGAACCUGGAGGAGCUGGUGCUUGAUGCAUCUUUGCUCAGAGAUGAAAACUUGGAGGACAUAGCUAAAUGCUCCAAACUAAAGAAACUCUGUGUGUCCUCCUGUGAGAAUUUAACUAACACAUUUCUCGGAUACAUAAAGUCUCUACAAAACCUGACUUGUUUAAGAUUGAAGGGAGGUAAUGACUUCACCAAAGAAGGCCUAGUUUCACUAUUUGAGUGUGAAUCCUAUUUGCAUCUGAUAGAGUGUAGAUGCUUGCAGCAGCUGGUGGAGUUGGACCUCUCAGAUAGCACUGACUUUGAUGAUGACUGUGUCGACCAGAUGAUCAGAUGCUGUGGUGCAACUAUAGAGAUUUUGCGAGUAUCUUCCUCUGUGGCCAUAACAGACGUAGGCUAUGAAUCCAUCGAAAAUAAAUGCUGCAAGAAGGUGGUCAUCACCCAACACAAGCGGAUUAAAUGUUGAAAACUGGAUCAAAAACAACGGAUUCCGUCAAUCAUAUCAAGUGCAUUCCAAUUCACAUUUUUCUAUGUAACUAUCUAACCUUACUCUCACCUUAGACCUUUGAAGAUUUUUUAUUAUGUUUGUGAUAAAUUCUAAACCAAAAACUGUACAGGAGUCUUUUAAAAACUGAUAAUUAAGUAAAAGCAUUGUACAUUGCUCGUCAACAAACUGUACAAAACAUUGGUCAAGAUUAAUUUGCUCUCAAGAGUUCAUAUCACUAAACAAAUAUAAUCACUGUGCAUGAUACACUGUAUUACUUAGGAUGGCUGAAUUCAAUUGUAUUCAUGGCUGAAUUUUGUACAUGUCACCUUAAUUUUGGUUUUCUAAUCAGAGGUUACUUGGUGAUCUCCAAUCUCUUCAUAUGUUCAUUGAUACUCUUUUAAGAGACUGUGAUAACUCUUAAUGACAGAAAUGUCUACUAGGUAUCAUUAAUUCAUAGAUUUGUCAAGUUAGUGUCUUUCUUGUCCAGAUUUGCCCUGCAAGCUGUGCUAUAAUUGUUUGUACAUGCAUUUUACUUAUUCAAUUUUUUUUGGAUAAAUCAUCAAGGUUCAACCAACAUUGUAUAUGAAUGAGCAGAGGGCUUAUGAACCUUAACAUGGUUUAUAUAAGGACAGAUCACACAAGCAAAAUAAUGGAUGCCUAUUUUGGUAUACAAUUUUGGACUUGUUUUUGGUUGUUUUAUGGUUAGAAUAAUGAAUUUCUAAAAUAUUAAUGAAAAAUUAAAAAAACAUCUCCAGGGUUAAACUUAUUCAUUUUACUUAAAUUUAACUGAAGUUUUUAUCUUCAAGAUUUUUCAUUAAAUUUUGUGUGUAUUAAAUCUGUCCUUAGCACUCAAUA